AUGGAAGACUUCGAGAUGGUGGAUGUUCUUGGUGGCGGGCAUCUCACCACCGUGGCCCUGUGCACAUGCAGCAUAUCAAACAUGCGAGUCGCCAUCAAGAUGUACCACAAGGAUCGCAUGUCUCCACUGAACGAGCGACAGGUGGCAAGAGAGAUCAGGCUGCAGAUGAGCCUGCAGCACAGCAACAUCAUUGGCCUCUUCGCAGCCUUCCAGGAUGAUGAGGGAGUCUACCUUGUGCAGGAAAUUGCUGAGGGGGGUGACUUAUUUGCUGAGCUGGGCCGGGCCGGCGGCUUCCUGCCUGAACAGCGAGUGGCAACAUCCAUCAUGCGCCCUUUUGUCUCAGCGCUGGCUUACAUGCACAGCCAGGGCAUUUUGCACCGGGACAUAAAACCAGAGAACAUUCUGAUGACCAGCGCCAGUGAAAUCAAGCUGGCCGACUUUGGCUUGGCACUGGACCUUCGCCAUGAAACGCCCAAAUCGUGCGUGGGAACUCUAGACUACAUGCCUCCAGAGGGCGGCGGAGCAGUGCCAAAUUUGGUGCCGUCAUAUGGAUUUCCUGCAGAUAUUUGGGCCACGGGCAUUCUGUGCUAUGAGCUGCUGGUGGGAGGGUCGCCCUUUGAGGCUGACACCAAAGAGGAGACCUAUGACAAGAUCAUGCAGGGAGACCUGUGGCUGCCUAGCCACCUCUCUGCCAACGCGCAUGACUUUUGGCCCUUGCAGGCACUUCAUCUCAACCCAGAGGAGCGGCCCACAGCAGCACAACUGCUCCGUCACCAAUGGCUGGCGGGGUGA